AUGUUUGGAUUUGGCGGCAAAAAUCAGUUCCAGGUGGAGGGACAGACGGUUCUUAUCACUGGAGGCUCAGAGGGGAUGGGCCGGAGCAUUGCCAUUGAGUUGUCUCAAAAGGGAGCAAAUAUUGUUAUUGUAUCUCGUACCGUAUCCAAGCUUGAGGCAGCGUUGGCAGAUAUCAAAGCGGCUGCUUUAUUUCCAGAAAAGCAAAAGUUUCACUACAUCAGCGCAGAUCUAAGAGAUCAUGAGGGGACUGAACGCGCCCUUGAAGAGGUUUCUAAAUGGAACGGGGGUCAGCCUCCUGAUAUCGUCUGGUGCUGUGCGGGAAUGUCUCUCCCCGGCUUCUUUGUUACUACGCCGCCCGAGACUCUGAAAUCCCAAAUGGAUACCAUUUACUGGACUGCCGCGUUUACCGCCCAUUCCACCCUGAACAGAUGGCUCUCUCCGGUUGAACCUAGCUCAAGGAGCGCGAAGACUUCCCCUCGCCACAUUAUUUUCACAUCAUCAGCCGCUGUGUUCGUUCCGCUUGCUGGAUACGGGCCCUAUAGUCCUGCAAAGGCAGCCAUGAGAGCCUUGGCGGAUACCCUCGUUCAGGAAAUUGAAGUCUACAAUGGAUCGAGGAAGAACUUGCAACAACCUGCCCCGGUUGCUGACGUGAAGAUACACAUCGUGUACCCCAUGGGGAUCCUUUCGCCAGGGUUUGCCCACGAACAAACCAUAAAGCCAGACUUGACGAAAUUGCUUGAAGAGGCUGAUAAGCCCCAGACUCCGGAGGAGGUUGCUGAAAUUUCGAUCAAGGGCCUUGAGAGGGGUGAAUAUAUGAUUACGACCAUGUUUAUAGCCACGAUGAUGAAGGCGGCUACGAUGGGAGCUAGUCCUCGAAACAAUAUCAUCAUCGACACCCUUACCAGUAUGGUGAGUGCCAUUGCGUUCCUGUUUGUUAUACCAGACUUAACUGGCAAGGCCUGGAACUGGGGUCGUACUCAUGGUGUCCCCCGUGGUAAUUGA